UAUUUUGCCAAAGACUCCUACCACUGACUCUACUUCUCUGAGUGACAGUGCCAAAUCUAGUUCCACAGACACAUUGUCAGGAAAAACAACAACAUCAAAUGCCACAAAGGAAACCGUAUCUAAGGAGACUCCAGUAGAGCAACCCCAAGAGGAUGUUGUAGAGCUACCUGCCUCAUCAAUCUCAGGUACAAGAGUUUCUACAUUUGGCACCAGAUGCACGAAGGGAGCCGUCAGCAAUUCCAGAGGAAUUGAUGCCAAACAACUUUUGGACAACAUUGCAAAAUUGGUCUCAGCUGCAUUAGCCCCUUCUACAAAACUUACUUAUAAAAGAGCAUGGACAACAUUUGAUACAUUUUCCGUGUCUUAUAAAGUACCCAACAGUGUUCCAUUCAGUAUAACUACAGUGGCUCUUUUUGUGUCAUAUUUAUUUCAAGAAGCCUUCUCUCCCAGAACAAUAUCAACAUAUUUGUCUGCAAUAGCUUAUGUUCAUAAGAUGUUGAACUUUGAAGAUCCAACUCGUGCAUUUGUCAUUCAAAAGUUAGUGGCAGGGGCUUAUCGACUAGGCAAUACAUUCGAUAUUCGUUUACCCAUUACCACAAAUAUACUGAAUCGUCUUCUUGACGUUAUCCCAGAUGUUAUUAACGAUAAGUAUACACAAACGUUGUUUAAAGCGCUAUUUCUGUUUGCAUUUUCAUCAUUUGCUAGAAUAGGCGAGCUGAUAUGUGCGGCCCCUGAGAAAGCUAGUGAUGUAGUACAAUUAGCAGAUGUAACACUUUCCUCUGUUAAAGGUAAAAUCACUGCUAUAAAUGUGUGUUUCAAAAAAUUCAAACAUAACUCUAAUGGGGUACCAAAGGUCAUCUCCUUUGCUCAUGGUGAUUGUAAAAUUUCGGCUAUAUCAGCAACCACUGAUUAUUUGAAAGUUAGAACAAAUUGCCAAGGUCCAAUGUUUGUUUCCAAUACAGGAUCACCCAUUCUGCGUACCACUUUUGACAGAACUUUGCGGAGUUGCUUACGCCUUUGUAAUUUGGAUAGUUAACGUUAUAAGGGUCAUAGUUUUCGUAU